UUCUGACCUGAAGAUCACUGACGUCAUGAUUUGACCUCGUAUUUUUCCUUGUUCUCAGUUGUGUUGAACGCACCUUUAGGCUAGAAAAAAAUGUGUGACGUCGAAGCCAAGAUGGCGGCCCCCCUCUCCACGAUGAAAUUUUGGAAACCGGGUUCGGAGGCCCCCGGGAUAUCGGAGGAGCGGCAUGUCACGACAGAAACGACAGGCUCCCCCAUCAUUUUCAACCCUCACACCGCACUGUCCAUCGAGAAGCAGCGACAGAAACUUCCUGUUUUCAAGCACAGAAACAACAUCCUCUACUUGGUGGAGAGUUACCAGACAGUGAUCAUCGUAGGAGAGACAGGAUGUGGGAAGACUACACAGAUCCCCCAGUAUUUGCUGGAGGCUGGCUGGGCAGCUGAGGGGAAGGUGAUUGGUGUGACACAGCCUCGUAGAGUGGCUGCUAUCUCAGUAGCCAAUCGUUUGGCAGAAGAGCGUGGAGCCCUGUUGGGGCAUGAGGUGGGCUAUACCAUUCGCUUUGAUGACUGCUCUGACCCUCAUGCCACCCGCAUUAAGUUCCUGACAGAUGGGAUGCUGGUGAGAGAGAUGAUGGCUGAUCCUCUACUGAAGAAGUACAGUGUCCUCAUGCUCGACGAGGCCCAUGAGAGAACCCUUUACACGGACAUAGCCAUCGGCCUGCUAAAGAAGAUUCAGAAGAAGCGCAGAGACCUCCGGCUGAUAGUGGCCUCUGCCACUCUGGAUGCCAAGAAAUUCCAAGAGUUCUUUAACCUGAAUGAGACUGGAGAUCCUAACAAGGACACGUGUGGAAUUCUGACGGUGGAGGGACGCACCUUCCCUGUUGACGUCUUCUACACUGUCAGCCCAGUACCAGACUAUGUGAAAGCCACAGUGGAGACGGUGCUGAAGAUCCAUGAGACUGAGGAUGAUGGAGAUGUUCUGGCCUUCCUCACUGGACAGGAGGAAGUGGAGAAGGUGGUGUCUCUGCUCCAGGAGCAGGCCAGGGCUCUGGGCCGUCUCGGCAUGAAGAAAUACCUCAAGGUGCUGCCCAUGUACGCAGGCCUGCCCUACACUGACCAGAUGAAGGUGUUUGAGAGGACGCCCCCUACUGUCCGCAAGGUGGUGGUGGCCACUAACAUAGCAGAGACGUCCAUCACCAUCAACGGCAUGGUGUUUGUGAUCGACUGUGCGUUUGUCAAGCUGCGGGCGUACAACCCGUGCACUGCCAUCGAGUCGCUGGUGGUGACGCCCAUUUCCAAGGCCUCAGCCAGUCAGAGGGCAGGACGAGGGGGACGCAACCGAGCCGGGAAGUGCUUCAGACUAUACACAGAGGAGGAUUUUGAGAAGUUGCCUGCGUCCACGGUUCCUGAGAUGCAGCGUACCAACCUGGCCCCUGUCAUCCUGCAGCUCAAAGCUCUGGGCAUAGACAACGUGCUGCGAUUCAGCUUUCUCUCUCCUCCUCCAGCCCAGUCCAUGGUCCAAGCCCUGGAGCUGCUCUACGCCCUGGGGGGUCUGGACCAGUAUGGUCGUCUGACUGACCCUAUGGGCGUGCGUAUGGCAGAGUUCCCCCUCAGCCCCAUGUUUGCCAAGAUGCUGCUGGAGUCAGGAAACUUUGGCUGUUCCAAGGAGAUCGUUACCAUAGCAGCCAUGAUGCAGAUCCAAAACAUCUUCAUGGUGCCAGCCAAUCAGAAGAAACCAGCAGCGCGGGAGCAUCGCAAGUUUGCUGUGGCGGAAGGAGAUCAUCUCACCAUGCUCAAUGUCUACGAAGCCUUCAUCAAGCACCAGAAGAGCUCUCAGUGGUGUCAGGAACACUUCCUCAACUACAAGGGUCUGCAGCGAGCCAUGACUGUACGAGAACAGCUCAGGCGACUCAUGAAUAAAUUCAAGGUGCCACGCACCUCCAGCGAAGGUGACCCGGACGUGAUCCUGAGAUGCAUUGUGUCUGGGUUUUUUGCCAACGCUGCCCGCAUGCACCACUCAGGAUCCUACAGGACUCUACGGGAUGACAGAGAGCUUCACAUCCAUCCAAACUCCGUGCUGUUUGGAGAAAAGCCUACGAAGUGGGUUGUCUUCAAUGAAGUCGUGCAGACCUCUAAGUACUACAUGCGUGAUGUCACAGCUGUCGAGUCCUCCUGGUUGGUCGAGCUUGCUCCCCACUUUUACAAGCAGGCUAAGCAUGGGUCACUAACCAGCAAGAGAUCCAGGGUCCUCUGAGCUGGUUCCUGUCCGCGCCUCUCAUAACUCUGUCCACUACAUCCUGGUUCCAACCCCUCACCCAGAGAGGACCAGCGUUAGGGGAACAGAGUCAUGGGAAGCAGGGUACUGGGUUAGACCCGAAGAGGAGAAAGGAGAACACCCCUCCUAAACCUACACUGUGCCCCCCCAUCCCCAUUCUGAUACCCUCUUCCCCUUUAUCACCCUGUACAAAUCUGUAUUAUAUAUUUAUUUCCCAUUCCACAUGGCAGUCACUAGAGGGUCAUUCUGAAAGGGACAGAACAAAUGAGCAUGUAAAUGGGCUGUUUGUUCUGAGUUUACUGAAGGGUUAGUGGACCCCCCCAUCUGCGUUUUGGCUUAGAUCAAAUGUAGGAUCUGUUCUUAUCAGUUUAAUGUCUGAUAGUUAUAAUAUGGUUGGAGAGCUCCAUAGUUCUGUCCUUUCCAGCAUGGCCAGCUAGACCAGGUCCCAUCCACACCUGUACAUAUAGAGACAGAGCAGGCUCAGGUCCAGGGAAUGGCGGUACCAUGCCUGGUCCUUGGUUUCAUGGUUAUUUUUUUAUGGCUUUGGGCUCAAUUCAAUCGAACCCUGUAGUAUUUACGCAGUAGCUCUUUUUCGCCAUGGUCAAAUAAAAUCCCUACCAACACCAGCUAGACUCCACAGGUAGAUGCUUCCAGUUUAAGAUAAUCUGUGUGUGUGUAUAUGUGCAGUAAUUUGUAAAACCAAGAUGCUGUGUAAACAUUGCUAUGGGGGGGUUUGAUUUGAAUCGUGGCAUGGCGAGGUAAAUAAAUGAAGACUGAGUGUGAGGAUGUGAAAAGUUUUUAAUUUUUUUUUAAUUAAUUUUUUUUGGUGGUGGGGGGGGGGUGCAAAAAAUGUGUAUCUUAUUUUGUAAUAAUUUGCUCCUCCCCUAGACUGGGUGCUCGUCUCAUCCUACUGUAGCUGUCAGUACCAAGGCUAGCGGUCUACUUUUUCCAAUACUUGUCUCUCUUGAACAGGAAUCCCCAACUCCACUCCUGGAGAGAUACGGGAAAAGCAGGGUUUUGUUCCAACCCAGCCUCAACACAAUCGAUCAACUACUCAUGGUCUUCAAUCUGGAUCACGUUUAGCUAAAUCACAUGUGUUCGGGCUGGAACAAAAGCCAGCACACCUAAUGGCUCUCCAGGACCAGAGUUGGAGAACCCUGCAAUCUUCAAUCAUAAGUGUUUUGACUCAGUGGCACAGAUCUAUAAGCUUGUGCCACAGAUGGAAAAUCCAUUUAGGAUUUGAUGUGUGGACCCAGAAUGUAGCGUUCUGGGUUAUUACUGUGAAAAAGACCUCUUUGCUUUUAGACAGCGUCUCUACAACUCUUUACUACUGUCUAUCUCAAACAUAGUGGCCUUUUCAACCGUUCUGUGCCAAAUGAUCUAACCAUAUUUCACAUUUCAUUUUGGUAUGAAAUGUGCAAAUAACCCAUCAAGCAUUUUAAGUGCAAAAGAAGCAAUCAAAACUGAAAAAUGUAAGUGCCAUUUUUCCAUACGAAUAAGUGCAUUCAGAGAUGCAUAUGAAGCCUAAAAAAAAUGUAAGCAUUUUAUAUUUUUGAGCCAUUUCUCUUUGGCCCACCACUGUUUCCCUAUAUCGCCAUUGGUUGUGGUUUGCAUAAAUCAGUUGUUCUUUUGUACACCGUUGUCAGUGUCAAGACCAGUAAUGUUCAACAGAAAGGAAGGCACACAUGUUUAUGGGUCAUUGCUAUCUUGGUUCCUUUGGAUGUCCCUACCCAUAACCUUAACAUUUUACAUUUUAACUUCAAUGGGGGGGGGGGGCGUCCGAAGGAUACCAGAUAGCAUGGCCCAUUUUAAGUACGUUUCACCCCAUAUAUUACAACAAACACUGCUCCUGUCUUGAUUGGCUCUUCCUUAUUUUCUUUGUUUUUCUCUAGGAUUGCUAUUAUUAUUGGGUAAAACAAAAUGGCCCCCAAAAGCUUUAGAGUAAGAAAACAAACAAGACCAUAGGACCUGCUUUCAUUUCAUUAAGGUUGCUGUCCUUACUUUGACUUAAGUCUGCAUGAUUUUAACUUUCAAUUCCUUGUCCUUUCUAGAUACAAUAUAACUGCCUCUGAACUCUGGAAAACUAACAUACCAUAGAUGAUCCAAUGCAAUCUGAAUAGUAGAAUGACUACAAGUGAAAUACUCUUGCAUGUUAAAUGGUAGUCUAUUAAGGACACUGCUAAGAUCACAAUGUAGAUUUGCACAAAUGUAGUUGACUGUGAGAUGACUGAUGUUCCUCUGCUGAGGAUCUUGAUGCGUCUGUCACAAAGCCACAGUGUAAUCUGUAGUCUGUAGUUGCCCAGCUCUGAUAAGCAGCUGUAUCCUUCCACAUCUUGAAAUAAAGCCGUAUGGUCAUGGGCUCAA